UGCAUAUGGCGGCGCGACUUGUGGUGACGCUGUGUGAAUAAGUCGUCGUAGAGUGAUUAGGAUAACGCAGCUCCUUUUAAGCGUACGGGAGCGGUGUGGUGACUGGUGCCAGUGGUGCAAGACAAGCAGGACCCGGUAUUAAUAAGAAAAAAAAUUACGUGAGAUUUUUGUUUUAUUACAACGUUAGAGAUUCGCGUGCUCGCAACGCACCGCCUAAGCAGGGGAGACAAAAAAAAAUCUGGGUGGCAGCAGUGAUCUUCACGAGCGUUUGUCACCAUGUUACUUACGGUUAGUCUCAAGUGCCUCACGAACGAACUGUUCACCGUCGAAAUCGACGAUGAGUGCACGGUUAAAGAGAUGAAAGAAAAGAUUUUUGAACAGAAGGGCGAGGCGUUUCCGGCCGCUCACCAGAAGCUAAUCGCGCAAGGCCGAAUUAUGGCGGAUGAUGAUAAAUUGAAGACAUAUGAAUUGGAUAAGGUUAAAUUCGUCGUUAUUAUGGUAUCAAAGCCUGCACCCGCACCUGUUGCACCUCCAGGCGGAGCCAUGGCAGCACCAAAACCAGCUCCGCCCGACGCCCCAGAAUCCCCAUUAAAUAGAGAUGAACCAUCUAGAGAUACACCUACUCCCACGCGGCCGUCGAAUCCAACCCCGAACGCGGCCACGGGUGAAAGUGGACUUGUUAGAAGUGAUAAUUAUGACGGGACAGUUCGCAACAUUAUGGAGAUGGGUUACCCACGUGAUCAAGUCGAAAGAGCAUUACGAGCAUCGUAUAACAACGCUGAACGGGCCGUCGAGUACCUUGUCACCGGCAUUCCUGUUGAGGAAGAUGAGCCUGCAGUCGGUGUAAAUGUCCCAGCAACCGGGGGCGUUCCUGGCACUGGUGGUGGUGUUAUGGCUCCGGAGGGUACUCCUAGCCAGGGGGGCGAACCUCAUUUGAACUUCCUUCGUAGUCAACCUCAAUUUCAGCAAAUGCGCAAUGCCAUCCGGGAGAACCCCACGCUGCUUGAAUCUAUUAUCCAGCAGCUGGGCGCGAAUAAUCCGGACCUGUUACGGUUGAUCACGGAAAACCAGGCAGAGUUUAUGCGUCUGCUCAACGAAGAAGAUGAUGAGGUCGGCGAGGCUGAAGCAUUAGCAGCCUUAGGCGUCGCUGGUGGUCCAGGAGAAAUAGCUGGUGCCCCAAUGGUCAUGGAGGCUCAUGUGACACCCGCCGAUAAAGAGGCGAUUGAACGGCUCAAACAGCUUGGUUUUCCGGAACACCUUGUCGUGCAAGCGUACUUCGCCUGUGAGAAAAACGAGAACCUUGCGGCCAAUUUUCUUUUACAGGACGACUGAUCCGAGACGAACUACCGACGUAGAAUUGAAGGAACAAAAGCAGCCGCCAUCAUGGUAGCAGCAAUAGUAACGAUAAUAACAGCAGCAUCACCAACAACAAGAUACAAAAACCUCGAAAUAUUUACGACAUUGUGGUCGUUGCCUUUGAAUUUCAUUAACAAAAAAUACGCGACUGCGAUGACUCAACUAAUAAUAAAAAGAGCAACAACAAACAAUAAUAAAAAGAGCAAACUCAACGACGGCGCAUCGCACCAUGAUGACGUUAACGAUGACACUUUACUAACAACAACAAUAAUGGCGGGAAUAGCCGCGACAGCAAACAUAACCGCAUCGCAAACAGCUGCAAUCACAGAUAAAAA